AUGCGCUUAGGCCACGAAUUACGGCAGGGAUAUCGGUUUCUCAAAAACCGACAACGCAUCCUAUUUGGAAAUCGAUCCGAAGCGGUUCGAGAUCUGUUAAAAACGGCGGGCGGAAGUUUUGUGUUGAUAGCUGGUUACAUUAUUGUAUUACGUGAAUUUGGGGCCCCUACCCCAGAUGUGAUAUAUGACUUCCGGAAAUUGACCUCUCCAGAUUUCAAGCUUUUCGCGACUCAUGGAGAAUUAGCCGAAUUUAGCCUUGGAGUUUCAAAUCGAGUGAAAGGAGUACAGGCCGAGUCCGAGGAUUUGGCAAGGAAAGUGCGCAAAGCACAACCAGCAGAGACGCGGAUUGGUGGAGGAGCAUAU